GUUAUACACAGCUGUUUUUCUCGAUUUCAAGAGUCAUGGUAGAGUUCGGGGUCAGGAAAACUACAUUUUGCACUAAAUUCAUUCACGGACACCGAGCAAAAGCUCUAUUAUCAUCUGUGAGGUUUUCUUCCACAUCGGCGUUUGAUGAGGUAAUGUCUCGGAAAUUAUUAUGUUAUUUCCAGUGGCGGCGGUAACUUUGGAUCACACUAGCUGUGCUUUUAAACUGUAACCCCAGCACAAUCUUGCGAGGAGUCGGGACUUUAUCGCUGGGCUUUCAGCUCCUCGCACAAGUUGUGGAAAACCAUGAGGACGGGGGACAGCGGUCCGACCGGCGGGGAGGGACACGGCGGAGGGACUCCUGGCUGCCGAGCUGCGCGCUGAACACAAACCAGAGCACUUUGGCUGCAUAUGAGGCGACUUGGUGAGAUUAUGGUUUAUGGAAAAGCCUGCUGCUCUGUCGCCGCAGGUCCGCCAACAAAGAAAACCACUGUUACGUUUUUUUUUCAUGUCAGUGCUGUGACCACUGUGUGUAAACAAACAGUGAACGUGUGGAGUGAGAGAAAAGUUGACUAAUUAGCUCUGACUUUAUGGCCACUCGAGAGUAACGCUGCUCACGCGCGCCUGCGCAAUUACGCACCUACACACACACACGCUGCCCCCUUUGUUGUGGAGUUUACUCUCAGUUGAGAGUCUUGACAUUUUAAUUCCAGUUAUUGUCAGUACAAUUACAGUUCAGUGUGAGUGGAUGUGUGAGGAUGGUGGAGAGCCGGAGCUGUGUGCAGAGGGAGGGGGUGUACCGCUGGUUCUCCUCCCUCACCUCAGCCCAGAGAGCAGAGUUCCUGUGCGGCCUUCUGGACCUCUGCGUCCCCAUCGAGCUCCGCUUUCUCGGCUCUUGUCUGGAGGACUUGGCCCGCAAGGACUACCACUCCCUCCGGGAUGCGGAAAUCAAAGCUAACAACCCCGCCGACUUGUCGGGCCUCACUAACAUCACGGAUGAGGUGGUGCGCAGCAAGCUGCUGGUGUCCCUCGCCCUGCUCGGCUCGGACAACAGGGAGGCGGCGGGGGUCCUGUACCGGACUCUGACUCACAUAGACACGGUGAUUAAUAACUACGGCCUGGCGCUGAACGACGGGAGGACCGAGGAGCAGUUUCUCUUACUGUUCACCAUGGCCUCUCACCACCCGGCCUUCAGCUUCCACCAGAAGCAGGUGCUGAGGCAGCAGCUCAGCCAGAUCCAGGACAUCCUGCAGGUGAGCAGUGGAGGAGGAGGAGGGGGGGAGGCUCAAGCUGCAGCCCCUGGCGGGGAUCGAGCUGCUGUCUGUUACGCCCAGCCACACAACCACUAUCACCAUCAGACCGUGUCCUUGCCUCUGGCUUCGUGUUCCCCCGUUGCCUGCUCCCUGCCCGAUGCCAGCGCCGCCUACCUGCCUCUGCCGGCCUGCCAACCCUGCCAGACACACUGCACCUGCUGCCACAAGAGCCAGACCAGAGAGGCCGGUAAAGUCUCAGGGCCAAGCUCAGGGGUCACCGUGGGACGACGAGACCAAGCGUUCAGCCAGGACCUCACCCCUCCUCACCCUGACCUCCCUCCCCCUCCUCCUCCUCCCCCUCUUCCUCCACCACCACCACCACCUCCUCCUCAUUUGCCUCGUCCUCUGCCUGCUGGGCAAGGCCAGGAUGCAUCAGCACCAACCAAGAGCCACGAGGGGAAAGCAGGAAAAGUGGUCAUUGAGAAGGUGAUGCUGAGAGGAGUGACACACAAGUCUGAAGACACCAGUGAAUAUGUGUUUGAGGCCAGCUGGUCAGAUGGUUUUGUGUCAUCUGUUGUCAGAACUCAGCAGGAGGUGACAGAGCUGCUGUCCCAGCUGUCACAAGCAUUUCCAGAUGAAGGAGUGGAGAAAUCUCUCCCUCAGUCCAAAGAGCUGGACCCCAGGUGUCUGACAGCGCUGCCCUGCCAUGUCCUCCAGCACCACAACGUCCAGCUGUUCUUUACCUCCACCAGGCCUCUCUCACCCAACUCCCCUGGCUCCCUUCCCUCCUCCCUCCCUCCAUUACCCUCCCCCCUUCCUGUAGCCCCAACCUGCCCGUUCACCUCCAGCUCUAAUCUUGGCUGUACAGUUCAGUACAGAGGAACCAACAGGGCGGUAUACAGAGUGGCCAGCGUCCAGCCCGUCGUCAGCACCCACAGCUCUGUCUUGACUCGCCCUUCUCCUCACGUCUCCUCCCUCCCUCCUCCGCUUCCUCCCUCCAUUCCUCCUCCCCAGCACUCCCCCCAGCUGUCCUCCCUCCCUCCCCCUGUGCCAGCACUGCACACCCAGAGCUGCAUGGCUGGCGGAGGUGAUCCCUCCUCCCAGGUGCAUCCCCAACACAGUCCGUCGCACUCGUACUCUCAGCACCACCUUCAUCAGCAAACAAGCAGUCAGUCCAGCGCCCAGUCCCUGCACCUGUCCCAUUCCCUGCCAACGUCACACUCACAUUCCCAGUCCCUUUCGUACCCCCAGUCCCAUUCCCUGUCUCGUUCCCAGUCCCUUACACAGACACCAUCCCAGUCCCAGCCCAGCACGCCAGAGCAGAACGGCAUCCUGGACUGGCUCCGCAGGCUUCGGCUCCAUAAGUAUUACCCUGUCUUCAAACAGCUCACUAUGGAGGAGUUUUUAGCACUGACAGAGGAGGAUCUGAACAAGUACGACUUGACCCAAGGAGCAAAGAAGAAACUCAAGACUCAACUAGAGCUACAGAAGUCAGCAGACAGGGAGAUGAAGAUGGAGAAGCGGUCCUGCAGUGGCAUCGCCAGGGUGACACCUUCCAGUCACAUGGGAGCCUCAUCACAUCCCACCUCGACUGCAGGAGAGCUGCGAGUCGAGGUGGAUGCUGUUCUGCACCAUCACCCCGUCUCUACAGACAGCAGCUCGUCCUCAGGCUACUCCAGCUCUUCCUGCUCCCCACAGAGAACACCACUCUGCUGUGACUCGACCUUCGACAGGACCAGAGACAUUCACAGGCGUGUGUCAGGUCCGGACUCAGCAGGCGGGGGUCCAGAGAAGGACCGAUCCUGCCUCUUCAUCCUGAACUCCAGCUGCUCGAGUCGCCCCACAGCCCAGGUUUUACCUGUCCAAAACGAUGUAGCUCCUUCUCUCCCUCCCUCCUGCUCCUUCGGCCUCCCACAGUCUCCCUACCACCCACAGGCCAGUUACAACCAGACCCUGCUCUCCCAGGUCUCAAACCCAGCACGCAUCCUAACUUCCCCGCGUAAGCCCAGGCCCCCUCCACUGUGCAUGGAGGACAGGACUAAGCAGCUGGGCUCGAGCCUGCCUGCGGCCGGUGCAGGCUUCAGUACAGGGCUCAGUGUGGGGAUGGGGGUGAGGCUGGAGAACCUGUUCCCAGGGCGUAACAUGGAUGGCUCCUCCCCUCUCCAGGACUCUGUGGUUUGCCGUGGCCUGGCGGGAGGUGCUGUAAGUCUGAUGGUAGAAACCAGUUCUGCUCUGACCUCCACCUCCAACAGCCUCCACCACGUCUCGCACCCCCCUCUGCACUUCCACCUCUCGUCCUCUUCAUCUCCAUCUCCAUCUGGAUACUACUCCUACCCACCUACCUCCUCCUCAUUCUCUUCUUUCUUGUGUCCCUCCACAAAGUCCGGGUCACAGUCUGGCAGCUCCAGUAGUGGUGGUGUUGUUCCCAUAGCAACUGCAAGCAAUGUUCCUGUGGCAGCAGUGCCCGGCAGCGCUUACUACCCGCCCCAGACCACCUCUAGCCCCUCCCCGUCCCCCUCCUCUGCCUCUUCGUUGGAUCAGAGUUCAGGUCACAACCCCUCUGUGUGUGUUUGCAGCUCCUGCGGUUGUCGGGGCAACUGCGGUGCCUAUGGGGCGUUGCCUGGAUACGCAGCGGCCGGCUACCUGCAGCAAUUCUCGGCCGGCCCCUCCCUCUUCACCCUGGGUCCUCUGCUCCAUCUCAGUCCCCUGAUAGCCUCAUCCAGCACAGCUGGCACCGGAGCCACGCCCUUCUCCUACCCGAUGAUGGUGCCGCCGCCGCUCUACCGCCCCAGCCCUGUUUCACAUGACCAGCCGCAGGGCUUUGCCUUCUACCAGCCCCAUGGCAUUUUGGGAAAUGGAGGCCAGAAACGGGCAGUAGGGAACCUGUCGUGUUAUAACUGUGGUGCCAACGGACACAGAGCAGAGGAGUGCAAACAGCCGCCCAUGGAUUCAGCACAGCAAGGGACAUUUCGACUGAAGUACACUCCUCACUCUGACAGUAAGGACUCGGGGGACUAACAAGCAGAAGCACCAGUGGAUUUGAACUGUCACGCUAGAGGCACAGCUGUACCUCAUGUUCCUGCUGAAGCUAGCAGACAGCGUUUAGACAGGCAGUCGGCUUCUGGAGUUCAACGAGACAACACAGACCCCAUGUAUGUUUUGUAAUUCUUGUACAGCAGCUUAUGGAGAGAUGAGGAUGGAAGAGAAACAGAUUGCUGAGAAGAGAGGAGUGGUUGUCACAGUUUGUGUCAUCGGAUUAGCUUUCAUCCCUCCUCAGAUCUCCACAGAUACAAACACGAAUCACAAGGAGGGCUGGAGAUUUGUACUCUGCCUCGCUUCAUUUCAGAGACGUGGCUGGAAUUCUGCCUCAUCCUCAGAGGAAACACUACACACAGUUAGUCAUGUUACCUAUGGUGCGGUACAACCAGAGAGUCAAAAUCUGCCUCCCAGCUAAAUGACUGAGCAUUAAUAGUCUGUAUGGUUCACAAACCAGAGGCAAAACACCUGAUGUUCUAAACUUCGUGGGCACUAAGCCAAGUGCAUUUGACCUAAACAUAAAACCCAGUUUAAUCAAAUUAUUGUGACAGCAACAGCAAAGCACCAGUGUUAUCUUCCCUUCCCAAGUUCCUUGUUCUGUUGUACGUCCCGUGAUCUGGUUUGGCUCAUCCAGUUGCAAGACCUGUGUCCCAAUUCCAUGCUACAUACUCAUUAUACUACAUAUUAAUUGUACACAGCAUAUAUCACGUAAUAAUAUUCAUAGAAUAAGGUUUUUGCAGCUAGUAUCCAAGAACUCUUUUUGUUUUAAACUAACAGGAAAUGAUGCAAUAGCUGCACUGAGUAAAGGCAAUCAAACUGCGACUUUGGAACGCAACUGGCAGUUAAACUUGGCAAGAAGUUUAAAUACCAUCUACCAACUCAUUUUGUGAACAGUCCCUCUCAUCUAUGAGCAUUGCAUUCUGGGAGAAGAGUGUCCAUCAGCAGCACACUCAAAAAUCAAGCGUUUUUAGUAUGCCUAUCAUACUAUCUACCUUAUUUUGUCUCUUUUUCAGUGCCAACACUAUAAUCCACAAAACCUGCUUAGAAUUAGUGCACAGUAAGGAUUUGAGACACAUAAAAGGUUGUAUCUUAAAGAGGAGCAAAAGAAAGAAAAACUGUCAGUGCUAUGCAGCAAUGUUUUGAUGAGUGGGUCUGUGGUAAACAUGGUUGUGCAGUACUUUGCAGAUGUUUAAUGCGGGAGGAAAUGCACUCAACAUGUUUGUUAGACUUUAAGGAUACACACAGUGUGUUAUGGUGAGAGACACUUUAUGUAAACAUAAAUGUGUUUGUUUACAAGAAGACGUGGCACCUGAUUCAAGGGCUGGAUCCCUCUGAAGGAAUCAGCUCAAGAAGGGGGAUCCUUUGCAGGACCUGAGGUUCUGCUGCACCUGCUGGUCUACCCCUGUUUAGCUGAUCUAGCCCAACACAGACUGUAUUCAGGCACUUCCAUGUGAACUUAAUAUAUUUUUUUAAAGUUGAUGAUGAUGAUGUGGCAUUAAAAGGCUGGUGAUUACCAAGGAUUACAGUACAAGUAGACACAGCAUAACCGUCAUCAUUAAAGUGUGUGUGUGUGUGUGUGGACAGGUCACACUUGGAAAGUGGAAUCCCUCUUCAGCGGCUGGGGGGGUCACACAGGGAAGCUGCACCAGCCACUGUGUUGUCCAUAAAAGCUCUUUACCGGUGCCCUGCAGCCUCUCUACCUCGGAGCCAACCUGAAACUGUUCCUCUGUACCAGGGCAAUCUGAAUGCACACUAAAUGUUUUCAGACACUUCGAAAAGUCAGCACAGUGUCUUUGUAUGUUCAGUUCACACCAGUGUUUCUGUCGUCAUUCAAGCUGGACUGACAUUUCAAAAGUGCCAAUUUGUUUUCAGUUCAGUAUGAUGAUGUCUCAUUUUUCAUGUUGUUAAAUGAAUGUUGAGCAGCGUGGACGUUAAUCCUAAAUGUGUUCUCACUCCAGAAGAGAUGGAGUUGACUCUUUUUGCAAUUAAUAUGUAUGUCUUUAUGCAAAAGAAUGUUUGUAUAAAAUUCAGGACUGUUGAUUUGGAGAGAGCCUACACAGGAUUGGAAAUUGGAGAGAGCAUAAGCAAGAUGGAGAAUGUUUUGCAGUAUUUUCAAGUCUGACUGUGAGUGAGUUGCUGGGCAGGACCCAGAGUUUUACAGACACGAGGACAGCUGGUCCUUCAGAUGAAACUCUAUCUGUACCCCUGGAGGGCACAGCACAGGGACAUGGGGUGUUUAUUUAAAAUGGUAAAUAAAUACUGAACAUUCAGUAUGUAUAACAACAUCUGUCUGUUGUUUAAAAUAAGUCAACAGUGUGCGUUUGUUUGUAAUAAAAUGUCUUUGGAGUAUUGCUUUUUCACAGAAGUAUGGGCCUUAGAAUCAACCAGCCAGCCUUCGCUUGUUCAGCUGAAGGUUCAUUUAACUUUCUCUGUCUCCAUGAACAUGGACGCAUAAAAACACUUCAUACAUUGUUUUCAAUGGUCGCACAGAACAAGAAAAUUGCCUCCAUAGAUCAGAAGUGUCACAUAGCUCCAUUUCUGGUGUUUGUUUGUUUUUUACUUUUAGUUUUGCUGUUUCCUUCAAGCCAGAAUCUGAAUCUGUAAAAAUCACAGAAGAACCUGGUUAACUGAUGCUCAACGUGCAUGUUGCUCUUUACCUUUAGUAAAAUAUUCUUUUGCAAUAUUUUGUGCAAAUGUUUGAACACAGUUUAUAAUUAUCCAGUUCAUUUGUAGGUCAUUUUAUAUUACUAAAUUUGUUUUAAAAGUUCAGAUAAAAAAUGUUUGAAUAAAUGUGUCCUGCCUGUCUUUCAUCA